AUGCUAGAAAACAACCUUCGAAUCCUGCAAUUGAAUAUGAUGAAAUCGAAACCCUGCAUGGAAGCCCUUAUCAAUGAUAACCAGACCCAAAACCUGGACAUACUCCUCGUCCAGGAACCAUCUACCACUAUAUAUCGAAGCCAUGUGAACCAUAGCGCAUGGAGACUACACCGACCAACAGUAACAAGCGAUUCUGUCAGAUUCAGGAGCCUUAUCUAUGUUAAUCGGAGACUCUCUACGUCCUCCUACCAACAGGUGCACUGCGACCAACCUGAUCUAACAGCAAUCAAGAUCCGGACACCCGGACUACAGAUUCUGGUCUUCUCGGUGUACAUCGAACCUAUACCAAUGCAUAAUCCGGGAGAAGCGUCAGCAAGACGUGUACUAUCAGCCAUACGUGACACGAUACAUAGUACUCUACAAAACACAAAAAAGACCACUAGUCUCAUACUGUCAGGAGACUUCAAUCGUCACCACCCGGCUUGGGGUGGUAACCAUGUCCAAUCCCGUUUCAUCGAAGAUGCGAGCGAAUUGAUCAAUUUCUUCAACACCUACAGCCUUCGGAGCUGCCUCCCACGCGGCACGGCAACUUUCUGGUCACUAAGCCACCCCGGUAGAAACUCUACUAUCGAUCAGACAUUGACGGACCGUCCGGGGAUGCUUCUCAAAUGCCAUCUUUACCAUGAUAAUUACGGCUCCGACCACCGAGCAACCUACUCGGAAUGGAGCCUCCGAAUGCCGCGCAACCCCGACACCAAACCAAGGAAGGCGUACGAACGAGCCGACUGGGAAAAGAUUGGAUGGGAUAUAUGGGGAAGCAUGAGGCCCUGGGAGACGCCAGACACAAUUGAAACACUCGAUGCCACGGUGGAGAAACUUAUUCUAGCGACCGCGACGGCCAUUGACAAGGACAUCCCGAACCUACAACCGUCACCAUAUGCUAAGCGUUGGUUUACACCAGACCUCAAAACCCAACAAAAAGCAGUAAACCAAACACGGCGUAAAUGGCAAGAGAGCUGCGCAAGGGCAGGACGGGACGACCCCUACACUAAGCUACUCUCUGAGGAUAUGCGCCAAAAGCGCCGGACAUGGACACGGGCAAUUGAGAAAGCCAAAACCGCACAUUGGAAACAGUUUCUGGACAGAGCAGGGGAAGGGAGGCUUUGGAAAGCGGCGACAUACAUGCGGCCACGCGAAUCCUGGAGCAGCGUUCCGGCUCUCAAGGUCGAUAACCGCAGCGUGACUGGAAACCAAGAGAAGGCCGAAGCAUUUAUGGAUACAUUCUUCCCGACGAUGGCGCCGGCCCAGGAAGAGACACCCAUACGAAUCCCAGCGGAACUUCCAUGGCAACCAAUUACAGAACUCGAAGUCUAUAGAUCCUUACAGGCAGCGAAGAGCUCGACGGCGCCCGGAGAGGACGGACUCCCGAUGCUGAUCUGGAAACGGCUGUGGGGACACCUUGGAAACCUCAUCACGCGAAUUUUCGCAGCAUCGAUUGACUUAGGGUACCACCCCCGAAAGUGGAGAAGCGCCCGGCUUGUGGUUCUACGUAAACCCGGGAAGUCUGAUUACUCGAUCCCGGGAGCGUACCGGCCGAUCUCACUGCUGAACACACUCGGCAAAUUACUUGAGGCGGUAAUGGCCCGGCGGCUGUCCUACCUCGCAGAGCACUACGGACUUCUCCCGGACACCCAGUUCGGCGGACGUCCGGGGCGAACAACCGAGCAGGCCCUGCUGGUGUUGACUAACGCAAUCGACCGGGCGUGGUAUGGACAGAGAGUAGUUACCUUGGUAGCCUUUGAUCUGAAGGGUGCUUUCAAUGGCGUGAACAAGACCAGUCUUGAUAUUCGUCUCCAAGCUAAAGGCAUUCCUAAGGUCGCUCGAAGGUGGAUUGCAAGCUUCAUGAGCGGUCGACAAGCCAGAAUUGGGUUCGAUGACUACUGCUCCGAUGUGAUACCGCUGGGAAAUGCCGGGCUGGCGCAAGUUUCCCCCUUAUCCCCUAUCCUCUUUGCUUUUUUCAACAGUGAUCUGGUGGACCAACCAGUCAAUUUUCACGGCGGUGCAUCAGCCUUCAUCGACGAUUACUUCCGUUGGCGGGAAGAGAAGGGAACAAUGUCGAGGUCAUAUCACACCAUAAACAGCAGCGUCAUCACUCCAACAACUGCAAAGCUCCUCGGCGUCAUUUUUGACCAUGAACUACGGUGGAAGGAACAUGUGCAACAAGCUGUCAAGCGAGCUACCAAGGUCAACGUGGCGAUUGGGGGGCUGCGGCAGCUUCGGCCUGAACAGAUGCGACAGCUAUACGAAGCGUGUGUCACACCAGUUGUUCAAUAUGCGUCAACUGUGUGGCACGACCCACUGCGAGACAAAACACACCUGAGACAGUUACGCACCGUGCAGCGUACGGCACUUAUUCGCAUUCUCUCCGCCUUCCGAACGGUAGCCACAUCCACUCUCGAUGUCGAAGCUUAUAUGCUACCUACCCAUCUUCGCCUACGCCAGCGUGCUCAAACCACCAUCACUCAACUCCACACAUUACCACGGAAGCAUCCAAUCCGGGAAGUCCUGCUUCGGGCCCGGAGACGACGAGAUAAUGUCGGAUCACACGCCCGGUUCCCGCUCGCGGAGGCUCUGAAAACCAUGAACCUAGAAAGGCUCGACGACCUGGAAAUGAUUGAUCCAGCCCCACAACCACCGUGGCGGGCUGAAGCCUUUUCUAAAAUCGACAUUGCGACCAAUAGGGAAAUAGCGAUGGAGCAGGCGGAGGCAGCACGGUCCGAGUCGGACCUUGUGGUGUACUCCGACGCCUCGGGGCGUCAAGGCCACCUGGGUGCCGCAGCCGCAGUCCUCGAUGACGAAUCGGUAACGACUGAGAGCCUACAGAUACAGGUCGGACCCACGGACCAAUGGUCGGUGCAUGCCGCCGAACUAAUCGGUAUCCUUUAUGCGAUCAAUCUUAUCAAUAGAAUCGUGCUCCAACAGCGAAGAGCCGGCCAGAAACGAGCGAGAACAGUCACUAUUCUCAGCGACAGCACGUCAGCACUGCUGGCUAUUCAGAAACCCGGCAGUAAAUCAGGCCAACAAAUUAUCUAUGCGAUCCUUCAAGCAGCCAAGAAUACGAGAACGCACGGGGUUACAAUUCGAUUGCAGUGGGUUCCCGGACACAGCGAGAUCCUCGGUAACGACGCAGCCGAUCGGCUGGCCAAAGAAGCAGCUAUACCUGGCAAGACACACCCGUUUUCCCCCCUGCUCUCGCGUGAAAGAGCAUACAUCAGGCAAGGAAUCCUUACUCAAUGGGAGAAAGAAUGGAAAGAGUCCAGGGACGGCGGCCAUCUCCGGAAAAUCGACAACACACUGCCAGCAAAAUACACCAGACGACUCUACGGAGCUCUGCCAAGAAAUCGAGCAUACCUUCUGACCCAGAUACGGUCGGGACAUUGCUGGCUGUCCACGUACGGCAAGUUGUUCGGCUUCCGCGAUGAUGACCGGUGCCUCUGCGGUGGACGGGAAAGUAUAAUACACGUCCUUCUAGAUUGCCCGCUGCUCAGAGACCUACGUCGAGAGCUCCGGGCAAAGGUCGGCGAUGCGCUCAAUAGCAUGUCAGUCCUGCUGGGCGGAUCUGGAUCUUGCCAGGAGGGUGGAAGUAGAGUCAGCAACGCUUCGCGCACUAAGACAGUCGAGGCCGUCUUGGAUUUUGCGGAAGCAUCCCAGCGAUUUCGAAGCCGCGUGCCAUAA